ACACCCACGCGCGUCAGUCUGGUGCAGCAGUGUGAAUGUAGCUGUUAAAUCUGUCCAUAACCUGCGUAUUUAUCCGGUUUCACACCGGAUAGUUUCUAUAAUGGCGUCCAAACGACGACCGGCUGAGGGCGCGAGGACAGCCGAAAAGAGGAAGAAGAAGACAAAGAGCUGCGAGGAGACAGCUGAACUUUGUCCAGAGGUUGAAGACGAGCAGGUGAAGAGGACUUUGAAGGAGGCAUGGAGACAGAGGACCCUCUGCAAACACGGGGAUCUGGAGUUGGAUUGCCAUCCUUUCCCUCACUGCAUCAUCAAGAACUUCCUCGGCAGUGAGACCUUCGUGGAGAACCUGCAGAGAGAGCUGCUGCAGCUCAACUUCCACGAGAAGUCAAACGAUCUGUACAAAUUUAAACAGUCAGAUGACCUAAAGAAGAGAACAGAGCCUCAUAUCACAGGACUGAGGGCAGCGCUGUUUGGGCGUUUCCGCUCCUGGCUCGGGGAAGUGUUGGGGGUUGAACUUGAGCCCACAGUGGAUAUCUCUUGUGCCAGAUACGAGUACACAGAUGUUCUUUUGUGUCAUGAUGAUGAAUUGGAGGGAAGGCGCGUUGCUUUCAUUCUGUAUCUCGUGCCACCGUGGCAGAGCAGCGACGGAGGAACCCUCGAUCUCUACUCAACAGACAGUAAUUUUCAACCGCAGAGUACAGUGAAGUCGCUUGUUCCCUCUUUAAACACGCUCGUCCUCUUUGAAGUUUCUCCAGUCUCCUUUCACCAGGUGUCAGAGGUUCUGACACAGGACAAGUGUCGUCUGUCUCUGAGCGGCUGGUUUCACGGGCCGUCUUUGGAGCGUCCACCCCGCCACAUAGAGGCCCCCGUCCCACGGAGUCCACACCUACCGAGAGAUGAAACGUUGCUGCUGGAGUGGGUCAAUCCAGUGUACCUGGACAUUUCCUACCAAGAGCAGAUUCAGACGGAGUUCGAGGAGAGCUCUGAAAUUCAGCUCAAAGAUUUUCUUCAGGAGGAGAAGUUCAGGGAGGUGAGUGAAGCACUGAGACUCACUCAGAUUGAGUGGACGAAGAGAGGUCCGCCUAAUAAGAGAUGUUAUGAAGUGGCCUCCCUGGAAACCUUCCCUGAGUGUGUGAGUGCAUGUUGGGAGCUGCUUCGAUCAGAAGCGUUCUUCCUGCUUCUCUCCAACUUCACCGGCCUUCGAUUGCACUACCUGUGUCCUGCAGAUGAUGAUGAUGACGAGAAUAAAGAUGAAGAGAAAGAGGACAAACAGGCAGGAGAAGCCACAGGGUCUUCAACUGAAUCACCAUCAGCAAAUACGAGCAGAGAGAAAGAGCCAAGCACACCUGUGUGUUGUGGUGAACUGCGGCGAUGGUCUCAUGGCGGCUACACGCUGUUGCAUGAUGCAGAAGCAGCACGGGCAGAGUACGCUCUCGACCUUGUUUUGCCUUUUUGUGGUGCAGACUGGCAGUCAGAGUUUGGGGGCUACACAUGUUAUGUUGCUAAUGAGGAAGAUGAGGAGCUCCUGACAGUGUACCCAGAGGAUAAUUCCCUCGCCCUUGUCUACAGAGACAAAGAAACUCUUAAAUUCGUCAAACAUGUAAACCACAAAAGCUCCUCUGGUUCUGCUAACAGAUCAUUUUAUGACUUCUCUUUUGUGUACUAUGAAUAAAUUAAUAUGUUUAUAUCUA